GCGAGUCUGGUAGAGCAUAGAAUGGGGUUUGCGACGGUACAGGAACCGAAUUCCGGAGGCGUUUCUGGACGGAGCUACAAGCGCCGCUCUACCUGUACCAACGUCACUCUUCAAAGCAGCAAGGAAAUAGUUGUGGCUGAAGUCCAUUGCAAGACUCCAGUGAAAGAUAAAGAUGGCAAACGUAUUACCCCUUCACCAGAGACAAAAGAGAACACAACAGAAGUGGUUUAUAAUAGCCAAAAAGAGAAAGGCAACUUCUGUUAGUCCUUAGUGUAUGUCAUAAGUUAUAAGUAGCUACUCCCAAAUAGAAGCUUGUUUCUCUCUUUCUCUCGUUUAGCUGUGCAUGCAGUAUAAAUACAAGCUGUGUAUAUAAUAUAUAUACAAAAUACUCUUC